AAUUAAAAACAGUUUGUCUGUGGCUUCAGGCUUAGAAAUGAAAAUCGUUCAAAAUGGCUGAGACGGAAACCGAUAAUAGUAGUGUAGUUAGAGCGGAGAGAAACAACAAGAGCAAUAACAAUGGCAACGGGCCACGACGCGUUACUAUAUACAAAACGGAGACCGGGUUUGGUUUUAACGUCCGCGGCCAAGUGUCUGAGGGUGGACAGCUAAGAUCGAUCAACGGGGAAUUGUAUGCUCCUCUGCAGCAUGUCAGCGCCGUGCUGGAGAACGGAGCGGCUGAACAGGCCGGCAUCAGAAAAGGAGACCGAAUAUUAGAAGUCAAUGGCGUGAACGUGGAAGGCUCGACUCACAGACAAGUGGUGGACCUCAUCAAGUCCGGUGGCGACUGUCUCACUCUCACAGUCAUUUCAGUCACACAGAGG